CCUUACUUUUGUAUCUACUUAAGCCGCUACAGUCGGCAAUACAACUGUGUUGAAUUAUUGAUUUAUAUCGAUUUAUGUAUUACUAGCUUAACGUUUUCUAUGUCUUUCUCUCUUUUUUGGAGAUUAUAUAUAGUUUAUCUCCAAGAGUUUAAUUUACUCAAAACAAACAUCUCAAAGAAAAUGAUACCAUCGCCGUCUUUUACGAGUCAGUAUUCACGGCCGUUCUAUGAUUCGGAUAGUCGACCCAUCUUCUAGUUUCAGGCAGAACGCCAGCGAGUGGAUCUAUAAGAUGCUAUUUCUCUGGUCGAGGGAGCCGUCAAUUCCUAAUCCCAGAAUCCAUGGUUCGCCUGGUCCAUGGUUCGCCUGGUUUGCGACGGCUGUUCUAUUGUGGCGCUGUCGACGUCGCAUCACCAGAGCUAUUCUGGCGGUGUCGCCGCUAAAGCUGCUAAGAAGACGCAAUGCCGCUUUAGCGAUCAAUCAGAAGAUGAUAUUGAAGCAGCAGAAACGACACCUGACGCAAUUACACAAGCACAAGGCCAUCGGCAUACGGCGGGCGAAGCGACUGUGCACCGGCGACGGUCCGCACAUGUCCGGCGACAUGUCAAUGAUUCAAGCCGCAACGCAGAUCCAUUAUAGGGUCACCAGAAGCGGCAGGGUCUACGGCAAAUACCCGAACAAGAACGUUAUACCAAACGGCAGCAUUCAAGGAAGCCACUGACGCCGCAUUAGAAUUAUCGAGCUCCCAUUUACUGUCCUUGUCCCCUUAUACAAAUCUCGUGAUCGUCGUGAUUGUCGUCGUAUCGUUGUCGUAACUCCGUAUUCUCUAAAAAAUAAUCGCGCGAAUAUGACGUGACAUGCUUUUAUAUCUCUUUCUCAUGACAUCAAUUUCUUUUAUAAGAGAUGUGCUGUUCUCGUAACUCGAAAAAUACAUUAUAAUCAUUUUUCGCAUUUAUUAAGAAUCAAAUAGUGCUGAGAAUUAAUUAAAUUACU